UAUUUCUUCAUCAUCUAUGUCAAUGUAAUGACUGUCAUAUUUUGUUGCCGACUGGCGAAUUUUAGUAACUGCUGUUUCAUUUUACUAAUUUAACACAAAUUAUAGGGAAUCUCCGCGUACAUAACUACUCUAUUGUUAAUAAAAGUACAUAAGAACGAUUUAAAGGCCACGUAAUGCCUAGUCAAGAAGUCGUCACCACAAAAGUGGUUGUUCAUCCUUUGGUCCUACUUAGCGUUGUAGACCAUUUCAAUCGUAUGGGAAAGAUUGGUAAUCAAAAACGAGUAGUCGGCGUUCUUUUAGGUUGUUGGAGAGCUAAAGGUGUUUUGGAUGUAUCAAACAGUUUUGCAGUUCCAUUUGAUGAGGAUGACAAAGACAAGUCAGUAUGGUUCCUCGAUCAUGAUUACUUGGAGAACAUGUAUGGCAUGUUCAAAAAGGUAAAUGCUAGAGAGAAAGUUGUGGGCUGGUACCACACUGGACCCAAACUGCACCAAAAUGAUGUAGCUAUUAAUGAGCUAAUCAGGCGUUACUGUCCCAACUCUGUCCUUGUCAUCAUAGAUGCUAAGCCAAAGGACUUAGGUUUGCCAACUGAAGCUUACCAAGCUGUUGAAGAGGUCCAUGAUGAUGGUACACCGACUACAAGAACAUUUGAGCAUGUUCCAAGUGAGAUUGGAGCGGAGGAGGCUGAGGAAGUUGGUGUUGAACAUCUGUUGAGAGAUAUCAAGGAUACAACAGUUGGUAGUCUUUCCCAACGUAUUACCAACCAGUUGCUUGGUCUCAAAGGUCUUCAUUCACAACUAUGCGAGAUCAGAGAUUACCUUGUUCAAGUUGGUCAAGGAUCAUUGCCCAUAAACCAUCAAAUUAUUUACCAGUUGCAAGACAUAUUUAACUUACUCCCUGAUAUAGCAAAUGACAACUUCAUAGACAAUUUAUACAUUAAAACAAAUGAUCAAUCACUGGUUGUUUACUUGGCAGCAUUAGUAAGGUCAAUCAUUGCACUACACAAUCUUAUCAAUAACAAGAUUACAAACAGAGAUGCAGAAGAAGGCAAAAAAGAAGACAAAGAUAAGAAAGAAAAGAAAGACGACAAAGACGAAAAGAAAACUGAAGAUAAAGCGAAAGGAGAGAAAAAAGAGAAAGAGGAGAAAAAGAAGUAAUUUAGAAUAAUUAGAAUUAGGUUGUUUGUAAUGUCGAGUUAUUUUUAAAUAAACUAUUUACUAAUUACA